UUGUUAUGAAGAAAGUGUUGAUGCAUCUAUUCUCAACAGUUUUGGAAUAGCUCCGUGGCGGUAUGGACAUUCGCAAGUAAUGGCUGAACAAUCUGAAUUAAAAGAUGACUACAAAACUAUAUUCGAACAUAAAAUAGAAGAUAAUUUAUUAAGUCCUUAUUUAUGGCAAUACGGCUAUGGAAAACAUGUUACAAGUCUUUCAAGAUGGCUCGCAACGGAACCGGCAUUAAAAAUUGACAAUUUUCUAGUUGAAGGAUUGCGUGACAAACUAUUCUUCAUCACGUCACCACCAGGUUCAGAUCUGUUUGCUUUAAAUAUACAACGAGGACGUGAUCAAGGUGUUCCUGCUUACAAUGAAUGGAGGAAAUUCUGUGGACUACAAAAAUUGAGAAGUUUUGACGACUUUGGAAAAUUUGGCUCGAAUCUUGCAUUAGUAUAUAAAUCAGUAGAUGAUGUUGAUUUGUUUAUUGGCGGUCUCUUAGAAGAAGGCGAAAACGGUAGUGUUGGACCUACUUUUUCAUGUAUUAUGGGCAAUCAGUUUCAACGUUUCAAAGUUGGAGACCGAUACUGGUAUGAAUCCUCUGAUCCAGAUUUUGCUUUCACAAAAGAUCAGCUGAACUCUUUAAAAUCUACUUCAUUAUUGUCCAAAAUAUACUGCACGAAUUUUGGAUUGAAUGAGAUACAAUACGAUAUAUUCAUGAUUCCAUCUUUAAAGAAUCCAGUAUCUUUCUGUAGAGACCUUCCCGAGAUAGACCUUCACUUAUGGAAAGACAAAACGUGCGUGUAUGGGCCACAAAACUAAUUGAUAAAUGUCUAAUUGAUCACUGAUCGGGACAAUAACUCAAAGGAGGUGAAUCGAUAAUUCGAAGAUUAAAUUCAAGUAUUGUACAAUUUGUAUUUAAAGCACAUAUUGUUUUGUAUUGUCUUAGUUUUAAUUCAC